ACUCCACAUUCUCUCAAGAUUUCUUUAGAUGCUUUAUUGUAGACCUAGAAUGUCCAUCUGAAAUAGGUCCAUCUUUGGAUUCUUUAGAGAAUAUUACCUUUAAAAUCACGAUGAACAUGUUUCCAACAAUGUAUAUAUCAGCGUAAGUAACAUAAAAAUAUGCUGUUCCAACAACACUCGUAAUCUCGAAGUUGUUGUCGCGUGUGUGUAUAGCUGUCAUACGCAGGUUAUAUCAGUGAUAAGUGAGCGUUCGAUUUACCUUUUAAUCUGUAAAUAAUGCCGUGAGUCUCGAGUUUAAUAAUAAAUACCACUCAUGUUUUGUGCAAAACGUCAUGACCAUUCAACGAAAAAUGAAGCAAAUAAUUUUUUUGCUCAUUGCCGUAAUUUUAGUUUUAGGAAUUUACAAGACUUUGGUAGGGUCCGAAGGUAACGAUAACGCAUUGCACAGCUUUCGUGACAGGUUGUCGAUCGAGAGUAUCAACAGUGCGCUAAAAAAAGCCGCUGAUGUCAGGGCAGAAGGUACCUUGUCUGACAUAAGAAAUCUUCAGGAGGCCAAAACUAGGAUCCGAGAGCUUGAAGAAAAGCUCAAGCGUUUCGAGACAAGACUUGAAAACCAAAUGCCCAAAAAUUAUCCUAUGGUCAAGUUCUUAAAUUACAGAAGUAGAAAGCGUAUACUGAUCACCGGUGGUGCUGGUUUUGUGGGUUCGCAUUUGGUUGAUCAUUUGAUGCUGGCUGGACACGAGGUCAUUGUUCUUGACAAUUUUUUCACCGGCAGAAAGAGAAAUGUCGAACACUGGAUUGGCCAUGAAAACUUCGAGCUUGUUCACCAUGAUGUCGUUAGGCCUUUGUACGUUGAGGUAGAUGAAAUCUAUCAUCUGGCCAGUCCUGCCAGCCCACCGCAUUACAUGUUGAAUCCUGUUAAGACUAUAAAAACUAAUACGUUAGGAACAAUAAAUAUGUUGGGUCUUGCCAAACGUGUUGGUGCCAAGGUUUUGAUAGCAAGUACUUCUGAAGUGUACGGUGAUCCAGAUGAGCAUCCUCAAUCUGAAACGUAUUGGGGUCAUGUGAAUCCAAUAGGCCCAAGAGCGUGUUAUGAUGAAGGAAAGCGUGUUGCAGAAACAUUAAGUUAUGCUUAUCAGCAUCAAGAGAACGUUUCUGUUCGUGUCGCGCGUAUUUUCAACACUUAUGGGCCUAGGAUGCACAUGAAUGAUGGUCGUGUGGUUUCAAACUUUAUUCUUCAAGCAUUGCAAAACCAUUCUAUAACAAUAUAUGGCGAUGGCAAGCAAACCAGAUCGUUCCAGUACGUUUCAGAUCUGGUUGAUGGGCUAGUUGCUUUGAUGGCCUCGAAUUUCAGCCAGCCCAUCAAUAUUGGUAAUCCAACUGAACAUACAAUCGAAGAAUUUGCACAAAUAAUAAAAGAUCUGGUUGGAGGAACAAGUAAGAUAGUUGAACUAGCUGCUGUUGAAGACGAUCCUCAUCGUCGAAAACCAGAUAUAUCUAGAGCUAAAAAGUAUCUUAAUUGGGAGCCAAAAGUCCCACUAAAUGAAGGACUGAAAAAAACAAUAGCUUAUUUCACGAAAGAAAUACAGAGAUCGAAGUAUGCAACAUCGGACAAUGAUUUCAGACCACCAUACAAUAAUGAUCAUGAUAUAAUUGAACAAUUAUAGUUUACUGGUCAAACACUUACUGUUGUGAUUGAAAAUAUAUGUACAUAAAAGACUAUCUUGUAAAUACGUUCAAGUUAUUAGUCCGUACAAAACUCAAUAAAAAUAUCAUUCUGUCUAUAUUUAUUUAAGUGAAAAAAGAUUUUCAAAGAGUUUUAGAAAACCAAGAAAAUCUUCGUAUGAUGGUGAAAAAAUCUGUAGUAUAAGUAUGUGUUGUUUGGUGAAACAAAAGUUUAAUGUAUAUAAUUGAGAAAUGAGAGUGAUGGUUGU